CUGACACGGCCAAGUACCUCAAUGAGCGGAUCGUGGCGGUGUGCCGAGCCCCAGACAAGCUUUUCUGUCCUCCGUUUUUGGGCGUCGAUAUGGCUGCGAGCAGGAAACCCGAGUCGAGCCUGUCGCUCUUAUUUUAGCUACGUGGUACCCGUGCCCUUGCGAGCUACCGUACAUACCUGCCUUCUUUUUUGACACCUUGGAACUUGGAUUACUCUUCUGCAUUGCUAUCGUUGCCUGCACGCCUGUGCCAGGUCCGAUUCUUGCGCAUCUACGCCAACAUGUUGCGAUUCGACAUUAUUCUCAAGUUGGCUUUGGUACCGUCGAUACUCUACCUGCUCAUAUCUGUGGUUUCGGUGGCUUUGACAACCCACUACUGGAUCCUAACCGACUGGGUUGUAUCGCGAGGCGUUCUCGUUAAGACCUCCGAAUUCGAUGAGCGAGCAAGGCAGUUUGUGACGGAUGCGACAAUUGUGUACUUUACCGACGCAGAUACCGAUGCGACAAUUGUAUCGGGAUGCCUAAACUUGGCCGCGGCCGUUAUCGCCAUUAUCGCGUGGAGUACCUUGCGAAAACCAGGAAUGGACGCCUUGAUUAACUCGACUGUACGCCGUUUCUGGAUACUCAGUCUUGUCUUCAUGUCCCUUGCUGGAGCGGUCAUGGCCAUCGUAUCGCUCGCACUACACUACACGAAACUGGGCAACGACCGAUGGGGAUGCACCCAGGAGCGACUGAUGAUGAGUGGAAAAAUGAAUACAAACGUGUACUGUACCCGAGAAAUGGCCGCAUGCCGAUUUCAACCCGAAUUUGUCACUGGUCGGGAUAAGCAGAAUGCUAGCGUUGCUUGCAACGAAGCUACUGUAGUCAAGUGGAUGCAAAUCAUCUUGCUGCUUCUCGGGCUUACUGUACUAUCCAUGUUUUCCCUCCAGGCUUACCUGCGCCGAACCAGCAGGGAGACUAGACUAAUGGGACAAGGAGCCCUUACAGAGAAGAUUUGAAGCGAGCAGAUUUCCCGGACUAUAGACGACACAUGAUUUUCCACGCAGUCAACGAAUUUCCUUGCACCACAUCAUUCUUGGCGUUUGUUUUUCUUUCUUAGCAUGCAUAUGCAUGGCACGACACUGCAUCAACUUGGGCGUUGGCAUCCCCCCUCCCUCACAAGUGGGCCAUUUGCGAUACACGACGUAACGAAAUUUUAAAGUGCGCGAUAAUGGUAUGAUGAAGCUGUACUGGAAUGGAAGUUGGCAGAAGCUACAU